CGUGAGCGCGGAUACCCGCGGAAAAAGAAGUUUCGAGACGGAGAUGGCGAGAAACCUUUCCAUAUGUUCUUGAGAUCUGUCCAGUCCCCUCAUUCAUCACCAUGUCGUUCAUCCUUCCGUCCAUCCAGCUGUGAUGCGUUUGCUGUCGGCCAUUCUCCCCGCCCUCGUGCUGGUGUCGCUGCUGGGCGCCAUGUGCGGUCCGACGGACAAUCAGGCCACAGGUACAUUAUUGAGGGCACACCUAAAGAGGGCGCUUCUCGAACGCCGAGUGAAGGAAGGCCAGUGAGAGUAACUGUUGUUUCGUGUGCAUUUGGCAGGCGAUGCGGUGCGCCGUCUCCAGCACUGGGGGGGGGACGUACGCGUCGUGGCCGGGGGGGACCCCCUACGGGAAGGGGGGGAAGGGCUAUGAGAGGCCCGGAAAGGGCUACGGAAAGGGCUACGGAGGGAAAGGGAACCGCCGUCGUAUGUCUGCAGCUGCUGCCAACACCAUCGGCAUCACUGGUCAGUCCGCAUAUACGCACACACACACACGCCGUCGUGGCCUGAGUGCAUCACAUCUGCCUGCUGACUGCUGUUUGUGCGCAGCAGAUGUUUCUGCCAUAGACAAAGCCUUUGGCGACAACGCAGGUACCUGCAUGACAUGUGCAGGCCUCGGACACCGAUGUACACACUGACUCACUGGCUGUCCUAGUGUCUGUAUCUGUCAGGCGGUGACGCGCACGUGCGUCAUCUGCAGCUGGCAAUGGACGCUGGCGGUAAGUACGCACAGACACACACGCACACGCACGCGGCGUCGUGGCUCGAGUGCGAGUGCAUGACAUCUGCCUGCUGAUUGUUGUGUGUGUGUGUCGUGUUUCGUGCACACGUGCGCAGAAGUGUCAGCCCCCAUAGCCGAAGCCAUCGGCGAUGGCGACGCGUUUGCUGGCGAGGGCACAGAUUUUCGUGCUGCAUGAGUGUCAAUUGGGCUUGUGUACCCACCACAUACCUACAUACCUGUGUCUGUGUUUAGUUCAAGGCAGUUCAUCCAAUUGAGCACGUGUUCUCACUCACGUACGUACGUUCGUAAUGUGCACCUCCACGUGUGGAUGAUGUGUGCUGUGGAUGCAUCCCUAUGCCUGGUUGACAUUCUCCGCCCUUGUCUGCGUGUGUGUCUGUGUGUGUGUUUCUUCUUUUUUUCCAGUCAGCCAUGCAUUCGGUCGAGCUGCCCCCUUGUCCCACAUGCUACGUGCCUAAGCUAUCUUUCACCUAUUUCUCACCAGCCCACUCAUCGUAUGUGUGUUCACCGGGUGGGUGUGCGGAUGCCGGAUGCCCGGAUGCCUGUGAGGUGUAUGUAAGUCGUAAUCAAUACAGUACAUGCGUGUGUGGAUGUCUGAUCUAUACUACAGUCAGUCAGUCAGUCAGACUGAGUCGGUCGCGUGCUGUUGUGUGCAUGUUGCGGCUUGUGUGUGUGGUGAGUGGCGAGGCCAGUCGUGCCGCUGAGUCGCUCCUGGUACGCUCAUGCACGUGCACACAACAUGCAUACAUGAUUAGUUGCUCCGUUCCCCUCGCUGUGUGACGCAGUAGCGCCUCAGUGCAUACAUGCAUCAGCAGGGAGAGAACCACGGGGCAGGCAGUCGUGUGUGAGUCUAAGGAGCUAGAGUGAGGCCGGCCGCUUGCACACAGAAGGCCAGCAUGGGGCGUGCGCUGGGCAAUGGUGUGCCUGCGUGCGCUGGGCAAUGGUGUGCCUGGCCGAGCUGUCUUGUUUGAACUUUUGUCGGGUGGACCAUCGUGGAUCCAUGUGUGUGCGUGGCUUCUGCCUGUCUGCUUGCGUAGCCUUGACUCCUCGGAAGCAGAAAGAGGACUAAAUAGGCCAAGUUCGUUCAGGCCUCC